AUGGCAGAGCAAUCGGCUGCAGUGCCCACUUCUAAUAUGGCGGCGCUUAGCCCGGCUAGAUCAUUGACUGUUAUUUUCUUAAUUGUAAGCGGUUGUCUUGUUGGGUAUGUGGAUGGCAAGGGAGACGGUGAAGAGACUGUUAUCAUAGGUAUUAGACUAGAGGACAGUGACGAAGUGUCUUACAUGGAUGAAGGCUAUUUGCGAGUUAGCGAGCGAUCUCGAGUCAAGUUGCGGGUAUAUGGGCAAAACAUUAACAACGAGACGUGGUCCAAGAUCGCCUUCACUGAACACAAGCGAACAAGUGUCACUGGCGACGCCAACACUUCAUCGGGGGAGAGCCACAAGCAUGGGGAAACGUCCAACUCCCAUCCGUGUGGCAUCCGAUCAUCUGACAUUAUAAUUCUUCCCAAUGUCAUAGUGAACAGAAAAACGUCGGGAAUUAUUGAGAUUGACGUGAAGCCCCUGCGGAAAACGGAAAAGAGUAAAGUUUAUUACCUAUGCAUUGCCACAGCAACUCCUCCCUCAGCUGGGACGCAGGACGCGUGGUCCGAGAGCACCUGGAUCUACCAUGACGGACAUGACACGAAAGUUCUUGUAGUCGAGGAGAAAAAGUUCCUGCUACCUUUCUGGUUGCAGGUGAUUUUUAUAGCGAUGCUGCUGUGUCUGUCAGGGAUGUUCAGUGGGCUGAAUUUAGGACUGAUGGCUCUGGAUCCCAUGGAACUCCGGAUUGUUCAAAACUGCGGGACAGAGAAGGAGAGAAAUUAUGCAAAGAAGAUCGAGCCUGUUCGGAGUCAGGGAAAUUACCUGCUUUGCUCACUUCUUUUGGGAAAUGUCCUAGUUAACACUACGUUGACUAUACUGCUGGAUGACAUUGCUGGAUCUGGUCUAAUUGCAGUUGUGGUGUCCACCAUUGGCAUAGUGAUAUUUGGUGAAAUAGUUCCGCAGGCGAUCUGUUCCAGACACGGCCUCGCUGUUGGUGCAAAUACUAUAUUCCUUACCAAAUUUUUCAUGAUACUUACAUUUCCAGCUUCUUAUCCUGUGAGUAAACUUUUAGAUCAUGUAUUAGGACAAGAGAUCGGAACCGUUUACAACCGAGAGAAGCUCCUGGAGAUGUUACGAGUCACAGAUCCAUAUAAUGACUUAGUCAAAGAAGAACUCAACAUCAUUCAGGGCGCUUUAGAAUUAAGGACCAAAACUGUCGAAGACGUCAUGACGCCUCUGCGAGACUGUUUCAUGAUCACCGGAGACGCUAUCCUCGACUUCAACACCAUGUCUGAGAUUAUGGAAAGCGGUUACACGCGCAUUCCGGUAUUCGAGGGAGAGAGGAGCAACAUCGUGGACCUGCUGUUUGUCAAAGACCUGGCGUUCGUAGAUCCGGAUGACUGUACGCCGCUGAAAACCAUCACCAAGUUCUACAGUCACCCCCUGCAUUUCGUCUUCAAUGACACCAAACUGGAUGCGAUGCUAGAGGAGUUCAAAAAGGGUAAAUCACAUCUUGCCAUUGUCCAGAGAGUGAACAAUGAAGGAGAGGGAGACCCUUUCUAUGAGGUUUUGGGCAUCGUCACUCUGGAAGACGUCAUUGAGGAGAUUAUCAAAUCUGAGAUCCUGGACGAGACAGAUUUGUAUACUGACAAUAAGACAAAAAAAAAGAUCGCUCACCGGGAGAGGAAGCAGGACUUCUCAGCUUUCAAACCCACAGAUAACCAGCUGAAGGUCAAAAUAUCACCCCAGCUUCUGCUUGCAACCCUGCGUUUCCUAGCAACUGAAGUGGAGCCCUUUGGUCCAGUCCAAAUGUCAGAGAAGAUCCUCCUGCGUCUGCUUAAACAUCCUCACGUCAUCCAGGAGCUCAAGUAUGACGACAAGAACAAGAAAACGCUAGAACACUACCUUUUCCACCGCAACAAACCCGUGGACUACUUCAUCCUAAUCCUCCAGGGGAAGGUGGAGGUGGAGGCAGGGAAAGAGGGAAUGAAAUUUGAAGCCGGAGCGUUUUCCUAUUACGGCAUAAUGGCCCUCACCUCCUCACCAGUUCCUCUCUCCUUGUCUCGAACCUUUGUUGUCAGCAGAGCAGAAUCACUAGCAGGAUCUCCAGAAAACAAGUCGCCUCCGCGUCCGUUUGGACUGAACCACUCGGACUCGUUGAACCGGAGCGACCGGAUCGAUCGGAUCGACGCGGUCACGCCCACUCUGGGCAGCAGUAACAAUCAGCUGAACGCGUUCCUGCAGGUCUACGUCCCAGACUACUCCGUCAGAGCCGCCUCGGACCUGCUCUACGUCAAGGUCACACGGCAGCAGUACCAGAAUGCGGUGAUGGCGUCUCGCAUGGAUAAGACCCCCCAGUCGUCAGACGGAGAGUUCACCAAGAUGGAGCUGACGCUGACGGAGCACGCAGAUGGAGCAGUGGAGGAAUCCACCACCCUCCUGAUCCAGCAGCACAACAACACGACCACGCACAGAGCCAACCACACAGCUCACGGCGACGGAGCCAUUUAA